AAUCUGAUGGGCCCUCUGAUUUUCUUUCUUUUUCUAUAAACAUUUUAUUUAUUUACGAGUUUUUUCUGAUAUCUCUCAAAGAGAAGAGUGAGUGAGGAUCAAUCAAUCAUCAAUGGCGUCUCCAACACCAACGAGAAUCUCAUUCCGUAUACUGAUCCUGAUCUCUUUGAUGGUGCUUCUAUUCUACGUCGGCCGUCCUCUCUACUGGAAGAUCUCCGCAACCAUCCACGAUAUCCGCCACAACAAGCAAUCCGUCAGAGAAGGUAUAUCUCAGAUCGUACAAGAGGCGCAGAGAUCGGUGGGAUGGUACCACGACGAGUCGGAUUCGGGGUUCUUAGAGGCUCGUAGCAAGAAAUCGAGAGUCUCAACCUCUCGGAGGCUUCUUUUCGCCGGUGAUCAGUGAGAAAAUUUCACCUUUGGUUUCUUCUAAAUAAUUUGUAGUACACUGUGUGUCUGUUGUAUGCAAUCUUUGCUCUAUACGUCGACGUUUCGUAAUUAGUAUUCCGACAAGAUGUUCUUAAUAAGGUAGAUAUGAAACUAUAAAAGAGAGCUUUGUGUAUUUCUGUUUGUAUAAGCUUUUGCUUGAAACUUGUUUACAGAGUAAGUGAAGAUAAAAAUGAAACAAA